AGCUUCAGGAGGAGGGUGAGGGCCUUGUUCCUGGCCAUGAGAAGCAGCUGGCCCAUCCACGGCUGUCUCCGGCUGAUCAGAAAAGAGGCUCGCAUGGCGGGACUGGUCGAGCGGUGUUUUGUGUUUGCUUGGAAAAUUCAACUUUCUAGCACCCCGAGUUGUCAAGCGCGUGUGUUUUUGACGCACUGCUUGCCGAUUCAGUUGCCUUGAAAAUCGAGUGUAGUACACAACACAAUGAGUAAAUCGAAGUCUGGAAUUUUCGGCCCCUCGCACGGGGGUUGUCAGCAGAAAGCCCAAGUGCCGAGGACGGCAUCGGUGGGCGGGACGGAUCCCCACGUGGCCGACCUAAGCCUUUGCGGCAAGCCCAGCUUCCUCGUCUGCCGGGGAAGAAAGUCUCCCGGUUUGACCGAAGUCGGCAGCUUGACAGACCUCAGACAACCCCACAGCCCAAAUCUUCAGCACACCGCUCUUAAGGUCCAAGGCAUUAUGAAGCACCAACAGAACAUAAUCGAACUGGUUGAUGAUAGUAACAGGAAUAUGGCUGAUCGGAGGGGAUCGCGGACAGGGGAUGACUACGAAAGUUAGGCGCCAAAGAAAGCCUGAAGCCUGAAGACACCUGUGAUCCGUUUAAACGACAUUCAGACCCCGCCCUCUCGAAUUAUUCGGUCAGCUCUGCAAUCGUUUGCUCGGUGACGUUUGUUGCUUUGUUGCGAUCAAUUGGCUUUAUCAUUUUGUUUUUAUAAAUAUUUAUAACCGA